CAUGUGUGUUAGUCCAAGCAAAGUACAUGAAGUGAAGGACUGCACUGCUCCACGUCAGAGGAAAACAUGCAGAGUAUCAGGUCUCCAGGGGUCGUACGGGCCCUCUCGGAGGACCAGUUCAGUUGCUCCAUCUGUCUGGAGGUGUUCGUGGAGCCCGUGUCCACCCCCUGCGGUCACAGUUUCUGUAAAGCCUGUCUGCAGGGCUACUGGAACCACAGCAAGAAGUACCUGUGUCCCAUGUGCAAGAAGAGCUACAACAAGAAGCCCGAGAUGAGCGUCAACAGGGUCCUGGCCGAGAUCUCCUCCCAGUUCCAGGGGCUGAUGAUGGGCGGGGGGGGCGAAGGGGCCGGAGGGGCCGCCUCCAGGGGGUCCACGUUGAAUCUGAGCGCAAACUCGGCACCGGGGGGGUCACCUGGGCAGCAGGACACGGGGGAGUACGCCCGGGCCGGGGACGUCCCCUGUGACGCCUGCAUAGGACGGAAGUUAAAGGCCCUAAAGUCCUGUGUGAACUGUCCAGGGUCCUACUGCGAAAGCCACCUGAGACACCACAAGAAGGUGAAGUCUCUGACCUCUCACCGCCUCAUUGAACCCACUUUCAACCUAGAGGAGAAGAUCUGUAAGAAACACGAGCGUCUCCUGGAGGUCUACUGCCGCUCGGACCACGUCUGCAUCUGCACAGCCUGCGCCGAGGCCACGCACAAGUCGCACGACAUUGUGUCUACCGACCACGAAUGGAAGAAGAAGAUGAGCAAUUUGGGAAAGAAGAGGUCAGAGCUGAAACAUCUGAUCAAAGAGAGAACCAAAAAACUGGAGGAAAUCAAACAAUCCAUCAAGGUCAUCAAGGCCAGUGCUCAGAAGGAGUUGGAGGAGAGCUGGCAGGUGUAUGCAGAGCUGCAGCGUCUGGUGGAGCAGAGCCAGGCCGAGCUGGUGGAGCUGAUCGCCACACGCCAACGCGAGGCCGAACGCCACGCUCAGGAACUGGCCCGAGGUCUGGAGAACGAACUGAGUCAACUCCGGAGGAGGAGCAAUGAGCUGGAGGCCUUCGCACAGACACAAGACAAAGUGGUCUUCCUGCAGAACCUGGCAACGCUGUCGCCCCCACCCGAGCCCACCGAUUGGUCGGCGGUCAGCAUCAACACUGACCUGUACCUGGGGACUAUCCGCUCGUCUGUCAGCAGCCUCAUGGAUAAGUUUCAGGAGGAGCUGAAAAGACUGUAUGGGAAAGAACUCCGGAAGGUGCAGAACUACUCAAGUGAGGUGAUUUUAGAUCCUGCCACAGCUCAGAAGAACCUGGUGGUGUCUGACGACGGCCGCCAGGUCAAGUACGAGGAGCGCAAGACCUCCCACUCUGAGGGCCCGAACCGCUUCAGUCCGGCUCUGUUCGUCCUGGGCCGGGAGGGUCUCAGCUCAGGGCGUCACUACUGGGAGGUGGAUGUGACCCGCAAGACGGCCUGGACCCUCGGUGUCGCCCGCGCCUCGGCUCGACGCAAGGGGGAGAUCAAGCUGAGUCCGGAGGGUGGGUACUGGUGUCUGUGGCUGAAGAGCGGAGAGGUGAAGGCGCUGGCGGCGACACGUCUGCCUCUCAUGCUGCCAUCCCAUCCCAGCAAAGUGGGAAUCUUUUUGGAUUAUGAAGGGGGUCAGAUCUCUUUCUACGACACGAAGGCACGUUUGCAUCUAUACACCUUCACCGAUACCUUCAGCGAGAGCCUGUACCCAAUCUUCAGCCCCUGCCUCAUCCAUGAUGGGAAGAACACUUCACCUGUUAUUAUAACUCCUGUUAAACACACCUGAGACUGACCAGGAACAGAACAUUAUAAGUCUGUCAGCUUUAGGUGUAUAUUUUAUAAAUAACAUCAUUAGGGCAGAAAAAGCUCGGUAGGAGGUGCACAAAAUAUUUUUUAUAUGGUCUUUGCCAAUCAUUUUACCUCAAGCUAAUUCCAAUAGCUAUAAUGAGGGUCGACAGGAGGGAUAUAUCCCCAAAAUCCACCCAAUCGCUUGCUAUAUAUAAAUCUAUCCAUGAUUAUAUGAACUAAAUUUGAGCUACAUCGACCUGAUAGUGGCAGAAUAAUGGUCAGAGAACCAUUUUUUCCCCACAAAACUCCACCUAGUGAAUGAAAAUGACCCCAUAUGAAAUCUGGAUGUUAGACAGAACAUGGAUCAAUAUGAACCUAAUUUUAUCUCAAUCAGUCUAUUAUUGCUUGAUUUAUGUCCAAAAAAACUGAUUUUCGACUAAAGCGCCCCCAUUUGGAUGAUUUAUAAUACCCAUACAGAAGCUGAAUCCAUAGGGUUCUCCCACUGGGGGUCCCCUAUGUUGGUUAUCAAGGGAGAAGAAAUCCAACCAAAUCGGCCCUAGUUAUCGCAUUCACAUGAAGGAUAUCAGGCGGUGGAUCCUGCACCAGAUCCAGCAGUCAGGGUGAAACUGUUAGAUCCCUGAAACUCCAUUUUGGGGAUAUAAUACAAUAAAACAAAGUGGCUAUUGAUACUAUUGGUACUGUGGCACGAAAUAUUGGUUUGUUUAUUACCACUCAGCGCCCUCGUUAUAUCAUGUCUAAACUGUCAUGUACAUCCUGAAAAGUACCAAGAGAAUCAUAUGGCAAAUACAUUAAACUGGGUCACAGUGGAUGUUUAGCUCACCUGGUAAUGUAUUGGACUGCAAUGCAGGAGACCUUGAUUCAAUUUCUGGGCAGAAGUGCUUUUUUUCUUUUUCUAAAGAUUUUUAAAUGGGGGGGGGGGGUGCAUGGCACCGGUAGGUAAAUCCAACAUUGAUAUAAAUCAGCCACUGGGACAACAUUCAGAGUGCAGAAUUCCACAGGACCACAGCACUCAACACACAGAACUGACACAGAACUGAAGUCACACGGCAUACUGCCGCAUCUACCAUGUAGCUCCGCCCACCUUCUCCAGCCUCCACACCAUAAAACAACAUAUAGAGUAUUUAGAACAAUAAUUCCUAUUCUAUACUAUAUACUGUCACUGAUUUGUUGUUUCUUCCAUUAAUUGCCACAGUACUGUGGUAGCAAAAUGUACAAAAAAAUGCACUGAAGUAUACACCAUAUAUGACCUCAGUACUGUGGCAACAAGAGGCACAUGAGUAAAAAAAAGAACAAAACAAGAGGCUAGUGAGUUCAUGUAACAGAAUCCCUGAUUGGCUCUAGUACAAAUGCUCACAUUUGAUUGGUCUGUGGCAAUAGAUAAAAACUGAUAUUUUAUGCCACACUACUGUGGCAGUAGCCACUACCAAAAAUAAAAACCUUAGAGGCAACUUUGCAUAUUGGAACUACACCUUAAAACACCAAAUCUAACAUAACGUAACAAGUAAGUUACUGUAUUAUUGUACAGUAUAUGUUAAAUCUGUUUCUAACUCCUAUAUCUGCUGAGACAGACAUUCAUCGGUGCAUUUUGCUCCUCUGUGGUAGUCAUGUACCCUAAAUAAAAAUUACAAAUGAAUUUAUUUUUAAACAAAGUUUGGUAAUAUGACCACAGUACAUGUAAUUCUAUAUCACAGUAACAGCAUAUAUGAUUAUACAGUAAUUUAGCCAGUUAUUUUUGUUGACGUCUUGCAAAUUUUCACUUCAGAAGAAUGUAAUGCCCUAAAUGACAAAAACACUGACAUAAAGAGAGUGAUUUAUGAAAUGAUAUAAACAAUAGUAUAUAAUGAAUGUUGUACAUCUUUCUGUUUGUCAUGGUAUAUAUUGCCAUAUUGCACAGCCAUACAACUAGCCAAUAGUUUACUGUAAUGGGUAAAUGAAGAAUACUGUAUGUAAUAUCUUCUUGUUUAUCUCGGUGUAAAGGAGUAAGUAUUUGUCAUAAAGGUCAGAUUAAAUCUGUGUUCUUCCUCUGUGCAGCUGUGGAUGUGUUCUGGACAUGGUUAUGUUUCUUCAUGCCAUAUGUCUGGCACUUCCCUUACUGUGUCAAAAUUUUAAGCCUUCAGAUUUUUCAGGUCACAGCAGUGAUUGCAUUUCUAGAGGUUUAGUUUUGCCUGGGGUGCUGUACAUUUUGAGUCACUCUUGUAGAUAUUCUGGUUUGUUUUUAAUACCGUGACAUUGCAUGCUGUACUUUUAUAUGAAACAGUUCUUUUGUAUCUUCUUUCUGAACUUGUUAAAUAAAGAUGAUGAGAAAGAAAAACA